AUGGCCCAGAAAAUCUAUCUACAACACCCUGUUCUUCUGCCUGCUGCUCUCUUAUGCAUCUUUCCUCUUCUCACAACUUCUGCAGCUCUACCCAAAGGGAGAGGCUUCAGCGUCGAGCUCAUCGACGUCGACUCGAAGCGAUCCCCAUUCUACGACCCAAAACUCACCGAAUCUCAACGGAUCCGACGUUCCGUGGACCUCUCCAAGUCCUAUGUCCUCUGGCUUGAAUCGCAGAUAUUGUUUGGAGCCAAUCUCACCACCAUACGCCCCCCUCUACUCUUAAAACCGCCGGCCACAUUCAUGGUUGCAGUUAGUAUUGGCACCGGUGACGGCAUGCAUUCCUACUACCUCCUGCUCGACACCGGCUCGGGACUCACUUGGACUCAGUGCUUGCCUUGCCAUACAUGUUUCCCACAAUCUGCACCCAUCUUCAACCCAACAUUGUCCCCGACUUACCGUAUAGUCGGCUGUAGUGAUCCGUUAUGCAAGCCACCGAUGUAUCGGUGCGUCAACGAUCGGUGCGAGUACGCUAUUCGUUAUGGCGACAAUACGUAUUUUGCUAGCGGCGUCCUUUCAAGGGAGACCUUCGUUUUCCAAAAUGCGCAAGUCGGCCGGUCCACGACGGUCCCAAAUUUGGCCUUUGGUUGCACGCACUCGAGUCACGUCAAUUUCAACGGCAAUCCGGCCGGCAUCUUCGGGAUGAACCUCAACCCCACAUCAAUGGUGAGGCAAUUGGCAAACCUCGCGAACGGUCGCUUCUCCUAUUGCCUCGUCCCUCCCACCGCGGCCAACACCUCUACUUUCUUGCGGUUCGGGAGCGACAUUAAGCUUCCUCGAGAAGCAUACCAAACUACGAAAAUCUUAACAUAUCUCAACGACGACGGCCAUCACUUCAUCGGUUUGGACGACAUUAGCUUGAACGGUCGGCGCCUGGGAUUCCCUAACGGAACUUUCGAGCGUCGGCAUGAUAGGACCGGCGGUUGCUUCGUGGAUACAGGAGCGCGCACGACGCAUCUGAUCGCCCCCGCCUUUGACCACGUGAUAAACGUCGUGAAGGACUACUUCCGCCAUCAUAAUCUCGAACCGGUGAAAAAUGAGAGCUCGCCCUUCAGUGUUUGCUAUAAAACAGUAGAGGGCGUCGAUCGCUACAUGCCGUCGAUGACACUUCACCUCGAAGGCGGCGCGCAGUACAACAUAAGGUGGCAAUAUUUGUUCGUUGCAAAUCAAGAGAGAGACAUCUUUUGCCUUGCGCUGCUCUCGAGCAAUAGACACAGCGUUCUCGGGGCUCGACAACAGCUCAACACUUGGAUGAGAUAUGAUACAGUACAUAAUGUCUUAUCAUUUGCUCCGCAUGAUUGCUCUCAUGAUGCAAAUAAUUAA